UAGUUGUCAGCAGAAUGCAUAAUCACCCGUCGUUGUGUGCGUGUGUGUAUAAGCGAGUGUUGUCAUUGCAGCUUCAUCAAUUGUUUUGUGCGAUACUCCGACCAGUCGCUUAACUUUUUAAGGAAAACAACUCGUCCUUCUCAAGUCUCAUUAGCCGUCGAAAUGACUGUGGUAGAUCCGACUCGUGAAAAAGCGCUGGAAGAUUAUAGGAAAAAGCUGCUGGAACACAAAGAGGUAGAAUCUCGGCUGAAGGAAGUAAGGGAAACGUUGAAGGAGCUUACGAAACAAUUCGACAAGUCGGAAAAUGAUUUGAAGGCUCUACAAAGUGUUGGCCAGAUAGUCGGUGAAGUAUUAAAGCAGCUGACGGAAGAUAAAUUCAUCGUAAAAGCGACCAACGGGCCAAGAUACGUUGUGGGAUGUCGCAGACAGCUGGACAAAACCAAGCUCAAAUCGGGCACACGCGUAGCGCUAGAUAUGACUACACUAACGAUCAUGCGCUACCUUCCGCGAGAGGUUGAUCCACUGGUAUACAACAUGUCGCAUGAAGAUCCGGGCGAAGUUACCUACUCCGCGAUCGGUGGUCUGUCGGAGCAAAUUCGCGAACUACGCGAGGUCAUUGAACUGCCACUGCUGAACCCGGAACUGUUCCUCCGUGUCGGUAUUACGCCUCCGAAGGGUUGCCUGCUUUACGGUCCCCCCGGAACGGGUAAAACCCUACUGGCCCGUGCCGUCGCUUCCCAGCUCGAUGCUAACUUCCUGAAGGUGGUAUCGUCGGCCAUCGUGGACAAAUACAUCGGCGAAUCGGCACGUCUUAUUCGAGAGAUGUUCAACUAUGCGCGUGAUCACCAGCCGUGCAUUAUUUUCAUGGAUGAGAUUGACGCCAUCGGUGGUCGGCGCUUCUCCGAAGGUACAUCCGCCGAUCGUGAGAUCCAGCGUACACUCAUGGAGCUGCUCAAUCAAAUGGACGGUUUCGAUUCGCUCGGGCAGGUAAAAAUGAUCAUGGCCACCAAUCGGCCCGAUACGCUCGAUCCGGCCCUUCUUCGCCCCGGUCGUUUGGAUAGAAAGAUCGAAAUUCCGUUACCGAAUGAGCAGGCACGGUUGGAGAUUUUGAAAAUUCACGCCGCUCCGAUUGCCAAACACGGUGACAUUGACUACGAAGCGGUGGUAAAACUAUCGGACAACUUCAACGGUGCCGAUUUGCGCAAUGUCUGUACCGAGGCCGGGUUGUUUGCUAUCCGUGCGGAGCGUGAAUAUGUCAUACAGGAAGAUUUUAUGAAAGCCGUCCGUAAGGUGGCCGACAACAAGCGGUUGGAAAGCAAGUUGGACUACAAACCGGUAUAAAAUCAUUUGUCCAGGUACGGCAGCAAACUAACGAAUCGCAAAGCAAACGCUGGGGGUGAUUCUUUAGUUCUGUGCUACAAUUUUCGUAUCAGUAAAACAUUUAAGUCACGUAAUAAAACCAAGCGAAACAAGCGUA